AUGCGUUCCAACAACCUUUUCCUGCUCGCCAGUCUGGCGAGCUACGUCCUCGCUCUUCCCACCGACGUGGAGAGCCGCCACCUCAAGCUGGGCGCUGACGUCGAUAUCGGUGAUCUUUCCAUUGGUGCGGGAAUUUCGAUCGAUGGUGGUCUUGAUUUGAGCGGGCUCAUCAGUGCUAUCCUUGGUGGACACGCAAGCACCACCACUCUCCUUGCUGGUCUGAGUGCUCAGGCAGCCGCUGCCCUGCAGGGAGGUGCACUUGGUUGCAAGGCUGGUGCGAUCCAUGCCGCCGCCAAGGCUGAACUGGCCGCCUGGCUUCGUGCUGAGGCCGCCGCUUUCCUCGAUGCAUCCAUCAAGGCAUCCCUUCUCGACUGGUGUGAAGGUGACGCGUCUGUCGCCCUCUCCGUGGAUGUUUGCGCCGGACUUUCAGUGCUGAUCCCCACUUGCGCCGACAUCGCCGCCAAGGGCGACCUCUUUGUUACCAUCGAGGGUAUCUUCUCCGCCGCCGAGGUUGCCGCAGAUGUUGUCCUGAGCGCUUCCGCCCAGGCUUCUCUGUCCGCAUUCCUCUCUGGGUCUGUCGCUGCUGCCCUCGACGCCAAGGUUCGGGCUGGUCUCAGCCUUUGUGCUGGCGGUGGUGUCUUCGUCGACCUGGCCGCCGAUGUCCAGGCCGCCCUGAAGGUCUGGCUCGCCAGCUCCGAAUGCAGCCUGUCCGCUUCUCUGAAGGUUGCCGUUUUGGCUUGGUUGGAGGGUAAGAUUGGCGCCGAUGUCAUUGCCAUUGGCUCUCUGCCCAGCGGUGGUCUGGCAACGAUCUCCGCUGGUGCUUCCGUCGCCGCCCUUGUCGAGGAGACUGGCAUUCUCUCCGCCAGCGCCCAGGCUUCUCUCGCUGCCUUCCUCAAAGCUGAGAUUUCGGCCGGUCUUGAUGCCCACGUUCAGGCUGCCCUCGAGGCUUGCGCCAAGGGCGGUGCCGCCGUCUCCAUUGAUGUUGAAGUUCGUACCGCUCUCGUUGCCUGGCUCACCAGCUCGAGCUGCUCGCUCGGAGCUGAGCUCAAGGCUGUUGUUCUGUUCUGGCUUUCGUUCGCCCUCGAGGCCGAUGUCUCCGUCAGCGUGUCCACGGGUCUCCUUGGCGAGCUUGUUUCCUUCCUCACUGGCACCAUCGAGGCUACUCUCGGCGCCGUCUUCCGCGGCGUUGUUUCUAUUCUGACCUCUGGCGAGAGCAUGGCCUCCUUGUCUCUUGACGCUCGUGCCCAGCUGGCUGCUAUCCUUGGUGGUGCCGCCGGCAUCGAGAUCGACUCCAGCAUCGAAAUUAUCCUCAUCGGAUGGCUUACCGGCUGUGGCCACCUCCCCAGCGGCUCCAGCUUCACCAGGACCGGUGUCCCCAGCCUUCCUACAACUCCUGCCGCCUCUGUUACCGGUGUGCCUUCUGUCCCUGCUGUGCCCACUCCUUCCGGCAUUCUCAGCGGCUCUGUUCCCUCCGGCUCCGUCCCCAACGGUGCUUCCCCUACCGGUGCCGCCAGCGUGCCUGUCCCCGUCGUCCCCAGCGGCUCCGUUCCCUCUGGUUCCUCCGCUACCGGGGCUCCCAGCGGCAAUGUUCCCACCGCUCCCGCGGCUUCGGAGACUCCUUGCGACACUCUCACCUCUGAGACCGUGAUUCCUGUUGCCACCAACACCGAGGCUGUCCCUGUUCCCUCCGGUGCUACUCCCACUGGCCCUGCUGGCGGUUCUGUUCCCUCCGGUGGUUCUCCCACCGGCCCUGCUGGCGGUUCUGUUCCCUCCGGUGGUUCUCCCACUGGCCCUGCUGGCGGUUCCGUUCCCUCCGGUGGUUCUCCCACUGGCCCUGCUGGCGGCUCCGUUCCCUCCGGUGGUUCUCCCACUGGCCCUGCUGGUGGUUCCGUUCCCUCUGAGGCCGGCGAGACCCCUUGCGAGACCUCUGUUUCCGAGACUGUUGUCCCCAUUGCUACCAAGACCGAGGCCGUUUCUAGCGGUGCUGCGGCCAUCACCGCUGCUCCCACCGCGGUGCCUUCUAAGGGCCCCAAGGUGGUCACCAUGACCACCACCGUCACCGUUACUGCCUGCGACUACUAA